AUGCAUAAUGUUUGCAUCUCAGAUGAGGGGAACGAGGAUAUGCCCAUCAACAAGCUUACCAGCUUCAAUGGCAAACUCAACAAAUUCCUUCAUCUCGGAAAUAUGUCCGAUUCCUCGGCGACAGAAGAAAUUCCCUUCAAGUCAACACCAACACCACCUAUGACCUCGAGGCGAGGACAACCUACAACAGAAAACAAUCCAAUGGCCACCCAAAACAUCUCAAAUUGCGAAGAAUCUAUAACGCUCACUAAAAAGCGCGAUGUGAAGUCAAGUCCAAAAAGAAAUUCCAAGUCUCCGCCAAUCCUUCCAUCAAGCACCAUCCAAAAAUCACAAAUAACCCGCUCCAGCGCUUUAACCUCAACUCCAACCAUAUCAUCAGAGCUCCCAGCAAUAUCACCAAGUCCCUCUCUCCGCCGCAAACGAAGACCCCAAACACCCCUCGACACUCCACCCGCCUCAACCUCACUCCUACGCGAUACAAUCCCCGCAAACCUAAUCCUCCUCCUCGUAGGCGUAAACCCAGGUCUGAAAACUGGAAUCACAGGACACGCCUACGCACACCCCUCCAAUCUCUUCUGGCGCUUACUCCACUCCUCUGGUAUAACAAGCAUCAGACACCCACCAUCAGAUACAUACAAACUUCCAGAGCUAUACAGUGUGGGCAAUACAAAUAUCGUUGUACGUCCAACCCGCGACGCGAGCAUGCUUAGUAGGGCUGAAAUGGAUGCCGGUGUACCGAUCCUCGAGGCCAAGGUCGCAGCGCAGCAGCCUGAAGCUGUUUGUCUUGUUGGUAAGGGUAUCUGGGAAGCUGUUUGGAGGGUGCGACAUGGAAGGGGGAUUCGGAAGGAGGAGUUUCAGUACGGAUGGCAGAGGGAGAGUGAGAAUAUGGGGUGUGUGGUUGGGGAGUCUUGGGGAGGAGCGAGGGUUUUUGUAGCGACUACGACUAGUGGACUUGCUGCUGGGAUGACUCUUACAGAGAAGGAGAUCGUUUGGGCGGAAUUGGGAGACUGGGUUGUUCGGCGGAGGGCGGAGAGGAAGAAAGAGGUUGAUCUUAUUGCUCCUAAGGUUGAGAUUUGA